AAUGUAAUGUACCACACCUUAAAACAACAUCAAAACUCUGAACUCUCUCUCUCUCUCUCUCUCCUGCAUUUUCUCUCUUUCUGUAGAAUCCUCCAAUGGCAGCCACAGCCGGUGCAUCACCGUUGAUCUCCAUGCACUCUCGCCCUUCUCACUCCUUCCAACAUGGCUUGGCAAAGCCAAGGGUUUCUGGUUUGAAGCCAGUUUCGCUUUCUUAUUUUGGAAGAAGCAGCCUCUCUUUUAGGAUGCGGCCACUUUCAGUUCGUCUUCAGGUUUCUUGUGCUGCCAAACCAGAGACCGUAGAAAAGGUGUGUAAUAUAGUGAAGAAGCAGCUGGCUUUACCUGAUGACUCUACAGUUACUGGCGAGUCAAAAUUUGCAGCACUUGGGGCUGACUCACUCGACACGGUAGAGAUCGUGAUGGGACUCGAGGAGGAAUUUGGGAUCAGUGUAGAAGAGGAGAGUGCCCAGAGCAUUGCAACUGUUCAGGAUGCAGCAGAUCUCAUUGAGAAGCUCAUUGAGAAAAAGUGAGGAAAAGGGCGCAUUGAAGUAACAUUCAACAAAAAAGAAAAAGAAAAAGUAACAUUCAACCUACAUUGAAAGUGGUUUUUACUGUUGUCAUGUUUUAGCCUGCUGUAUGUGGAUUAUACAGCAAUUCAGUAAUGAAAUCAGAUCUUUUGUUUGUUAAAUCUGAAAGGAACAAGUUGGUUGUUAAAUUAUGAAGACGUGUCUUUGCAUUAAAUUACUGCCUUUUUUUAUUUUUAUUUUUUAUUUUUUUAGCCUAAUGGUUAUGCACUCUAUGAUCAAAUGAAGAAUGGCCCUCAAUGUUUAAGGUAAA